UUCAGAGACAGAAUCCACUCCAAUCAAGAACGAGAGAGGAGGAAGAAGCAGCGCAGCGCAGAGCAGAACCACCGUGCGCGGCGGCGGCGGCGGCGGAGGAGGAGGAGGAGGAGGAGAGGCAGGCGGCAUGGGCGUGGACUACUACCGGGUUCUCCAGGUGGACCGCAACGCCAAGGACGACGACCUCAAGAAGGCGUACCGGAAGCUCGCCAUGAAGUGGCACCCCGACAAGAACCCCAACAACAAGAAGGACGCCGAGGCCAGAUUCAAGCAAAUCUCCGAAGCUUACGAUGUCUUGAGCGAUCCCCAGAAGAGAGCGGUCUACGAUCAGUACGGUGAGGAGGGGCUGAAGGGUCAGUUCCCGCCGCCGGGCGCCGGCGGGUUCUCGGAAGCUGGCGGCGGCGGCGGCCCCACGUCCUUCCGCUUCAACCCGCGGAGCGCGGACGACAUUUUCUCGGAGUUCUUCGGGUUCACGAGCCCGUUCGGCAACAUCGGCGGGUCGCGAAUGGGUGGGUCGGGUCUCCCGAGAGGCAUCUUUGCGGAGGAUAUCUUUGCGUCGUUGCGCGGCGGCGGUGGUGGCGGAGGAGAAGGUUCUACCCCGCGAAAAGCCCCACCAAUCGAGAGGACAUUGCCCUGUGGUUUGGAGGAUCUCUACAAAGGGACCACCAAGAAGAUGAAGAUAUCAAGAGAUGUCAUUGAUAGUUCCUGGAGACCUACCACAGUAGAGGAAAUUCUUACUAUUGAGAUUAAGCCGGGUUGGAAGAAAGGAACGAAGAUCACAUUCCCAGAGAAGGGAAAUGAACAGCGGGGCAUUAUACCCUCGGAUCUUGUCUUUAUUAUCGACGAGAAGCCGCAUGGUGUCUUUAAGAGGGACGGGAAUGAUCUUGUUGUCACCCUGAAGAUUCCCUUGGUUGAAGCGCUUACCGGGUACACGGCACAGAUCACAAUGCUUGAUGGCCGAGAUCUUGCUGUUCCGAUUAACUCCGUGAUAGGUCCUACAUAUGAAGAAGUCGUUAAGGGGGAAGGCAUGCCCAUCCCUAAAGAACCUUCCAGGAAGGGGAACUUGAGGAUAAAGUUCAAUAUUAAGUUCCCUACGAGGCUUACAUCCGAGCAAAAAGCUGGUAUCAAGAAAUUGUUAACAUCGUCAUAAAGUGCUGGUGGUAAGCCCUCCCUACCAUCUGUGAAGAUCAGUGUAAGCCCCUUUUAUUUGGUUUUUUAAAGUUAGAUUAUGCUGGAAAGGUUUGGUGCCAUGUGCAAAUGGCGCGAAUUCUGUCAAAAAGUGUUGGAAGUCUUGGUGGUAAUUGUCAUUUGUUAUUCACUGUUCUUCAUUCUUCUUUCAACAAGUCUUUGUGGGCUUUCAAACUUGAUUGUGCAGUUGUUUAGUUCAAACCAGACACUUCUUCGCUCUCGAAUGCAGAGAAGCAGAUGUAAGACGUUCAGCUUUAAGUGCAUCCCAUUUACUGAAAGGGAAAUUGAAAGUC